UAUAAACGUCAAACAGACAAAAUGGAGUAGUCAGCAAACAUGUUUCCCGAUUCACAAACCAGCAAAAAGCAAUAAUACAAUGGACAUCUAGUCAUUUCAUGGGAUUUUAUGUGCUAUAAAUCAUCAAAACAUCGCCAACAUCUACCGAAUAUUCAACUUUCAUAUUAUCCGUCACAUACAUUCCAGCAACCCAAGCACAUUCGGGCUGUUACCACAGCGCCCGCGCGGCAUGGAGGGCGGGGGGCGGCAGUCGCGGCUGCUCGGCCGCUUGCUUGGGAAACUGCGCGGCGAGCACCGCUACUCGGCGCUUGAUAAGAACUUCUCCUUUACUUCUACUGUUGAAAGCACUGGAUGUGGCAGCACCACUAACGACGACGAGGACAUGGACGCGUCCGCGCACACUGCCAGCGGCACCCAGGGACCCAUCGACCACGACCAGUUCGCCGCUAACAUUGACUUGAGGUACGGCGGACAAUAUCUGACGCCAGAACAGCUGCCAGAGUUUUGCGAACAAUUGCACCAUUUGGUAGAAGUGAUACGGAAUAUCCAGUCAUACUCCAAAAUGACUGGAGAGUACCCAAGUGAACUAGAGCGACGACUGGAGCAAGAAGCACGCGAGGUGGCAGCACUAGCAGCGGAGGCCCGCAACGCACGAGACGUGGUCACGCGCACGCGCGCUCAGCGGCGUGCAGUGCGCGCUCUGAAGAAACACCUGGUGGCGCAUCUUGCUAAUCUUAGGGAAACUGAAGUGCGUGAGCUAGAGAGUACAGUGCGUCUUUCAGAUCGCAAGUUGUUCAAGAGCUGGGAGGCGCUCAAAGACUCAACGGAUCCUAACGUCUUCGAACCACUGCUGGACGAAAUCAGGAACAAGCAAACAGCCCUGGAAUGUCUGAUGCGACUGAUCGAAAGCCGCAAGUCGGCCAUUGCACGGUCCGCGCUACCACCACAGCCGUUGCCGGCACCUCAGUCGCAAGAGAACGAAGAAGAAUCCUCCACCACGACGACUGGCCGAAAACGGUCAGAGAGCCGAAGGUCUACCAGUAAGAGAAGAAGAAAAGAUUCUGCGAGGGAGCCUCGGUCUGUGCCGCUGUCUAGCGAGCCGAGCAGGCAUGGACCUCCCCCGCAAGUGACCCUCUACAUCCAAGGGGAGAGUGCAUCUCGCCGGCGCGUGGGCAGCGCAGGCGCUGUCGCGCUCACUCCUCUAGAGCUGCCCUCUCGCGGCAGUGUCAGAGACAUUCUGUUCUUUACCACUAACUGAAAUCAUUGUAACUGGAAUUGAAUAAAUAAGC